UCUCCCUCAUGGAGAGGGUCAGGUAGGCAAGUAUGCCUUAUAGCCAUUCUGGGUGCCAGAAUGGGGAGCAACUUACCUUAGCCAGCUGUUCCAGGUGCCGGAAUAGGCAGCAGACCACCUUAUAUAGUCAUUCCAUGUACUAGAACGGGGAGGCAGUCAAUUGAUACCCCUUUUACACUCGCAUGAAAAUCCCGGGAUAUUGCACGUGAACGCGCAUCAUCCCGGCAUUUUUGUCAGUGUGAAAGGGUACAGGGACAAUUUCCCGGGUCGAGCAUCCCGGGAUUUCAACCCUGGUCUCGACCAGGGUUGGUCCCGGGACCGUCCCAGGAAGCUGGGUAGUGUGAAAGGGCCCGUCCUGGGAUUCACUACCCGGGACUGUUAAAAGGCCUCCGAUUGGAGCUUUCAUGGGCUCAGAAAAGAUGAUGUCAUCUUUCAGAGCCCUGGGGAGCGUCCUUGAUGCGUGUGAGGAAGGCAGCAUGGCGACCUGGACAGACCAGGAGGUUAGAGAGUUGCUGAGCAUUAGGGGAGAGGAGGAAAUAAUGAGGCAGAUCACAGGCACAGUUAAAGAUGCAGUGAUUUAUAAAAACAUCUCCAAGAUGCUGGAAGCCAGGGGAAUCAUCCGCACACAGCAGCAAGUGUUAAACAAAAUGAAAACUCUUAAAAAGCAGUUUCUAAAGGUGCAUGACAACAACAGGAAAAAGAGCGGUGUUGGCCGUAUCGACUGGCAGUACUAUGACAUCUGCGCCAAUAUCUUUGGAAACACAGCUAUAUGCAGUCCGGUGAGUCUGUCUUCCAGUUCACAGUACACUGCUACAGAAGGCACUGCAGAAGAGACACAGACAAGCAGUGACGUCUGUCCGUCAUCCCCGUUGUUAAUUGACGACACACCUGAGGACAGCGACACAUCCUCCCAGCCGUCCAUAAACACAUCCAGAAACGACGACAGCAUAACUGCAACCAUUGAAGACGUCGUGGAAGCUCAGACCAGUGACAGUGGGACUGUACAAAGUACCGUCACCGUCACCCCAACUUUACAGAAAAACAUUUACACCGUACCGCCUAGAAGGAAGAAACUGAACAGAGCGGAGCAAGUGGCUAAAGCCAUGUCAAAUGUCCUUGUCGACCAACUCCGAGAGAUGGACGCUACAAUGUCCGCACAGGAGGAUGCAAGGCUCGACAGGUUUCUAGAGGCAGAACGCCAAAUGCAUGAUGCAUUUCUUUCCCAAGUCAUGACAAUGCAGGAACGCAUGAGUAGAGAGCAGUGUGGCCGCCACAGGGAAUUGCACCAAAUGAACAUGGCGUUCUAUGAGCGUAUGACCAAUACCUCAAGAGCACCAAUCCAACACCACAACUCACAAUACCCUGAGCAGGGUUUUUCAUCAUUUAAUCCUGGCCCAUACUAUGCCCCAAAUACUGCACCAUCUAGUGCGCAAAGCAGAGUUUACUGUAUUGCGCAAUUUGCCGUAAAACACAGUGAAUUUCUUAUUGUUGUUAUUUGUUGUUAAAUAACCACAGUGUGGUCAUUGUUUAUGCACAACUGUUUGUGCCUUCUUUAAUUUUUUUUCUAUGUUCUGUUUUGUAUAGUGUCUACAUUAAAGCACUUUUUAUUUAUUUCUCUGACGUCCUAGUGGAUGCUGGGAACUCCGUAAGGACCAUUGGGAAUAGACGGGCUCCGCAGGAGACUGGGCACUCUAAAGAAAGAUUUAGUACU